CACAUUACUACGAAAACCAAGGCUAUUUCUCCAAAUCAUUUCUUAAAUACGGCUGCUACUACUCAUCAUAAAAAACAAGACCAAACCUACUACAACACCCAAAACCCUACUACCUCUACUUCAACAGCAUCAUCCAUACCCAACCCUCUUUCACAAUAUCACCACGCCUCCAACACAGUCAACCAGAUCCAUAUCCUUAUGCCCUCAUCUACUAACACCACACCACAUUACAUCAUACCCUACCCAAUUACGAUCACCCACUCUGAUAAACUUACUCCGUCUGCUACAGGUACUCAAGUGCCAUCGGAACUCAUGAACGCUCAACAUUUUUCGGUCACCUUGUCACCGCCAAUGCAAGGUAAUGACUCAUCCAUAGCUAUAAAACCCAAUAAUCCCAUCCAUACAUCACCACAUCUGCUAUCUUCUUCACCCAACACUCCUCUUUCUACUAACAAUGCAUCGCCACUACCCUCCAAGACAUUGCCACCACAAGAACAGGAACCAUGUACCUCACAUCCAGAUCAACAACUACCACCUUUCACCUCCACACUUUCACUACCUCUCUCACAGCCCCUCCUACUGGGUGCCCCAAUAUCACCGCCACCCCCUUUCAACCUUGUACCACUACCACCACCAGAACAUCCUCUAGUGCACCUGCCGUUAAACCUUCUCUUAUUCCAGCAACAAGUCACGACAAUACUAGACCACAACGACCUACUGAUGACGUUUAUCUAGGAUGGACUACCAGACAUCCAUCAGCAGGAUCAUGCUAUGCAAAUCCUCCAUCUAUAGGAUGUUGCCGCUUUGGAACUCAACAACCAACUUACUUAAGCUCAGCAAUAUUUCCUCCACUUCAACUACUGCCGCCAACUUUGAAUAUACCCCCACUUCCAUAAUUCUAGCCCUAUUACAAUGGCCAGCCUCAACACGUAUUCCUAGAAAUGAUGCACCACGCUCCACCAUAGCUGGACAUCCCUCCGCGACCACUGACUCUGCCUCCAUCACCACCAUUAGCCACGCCAUCAUCGGACAUUGAAGACGAAGAUCAGAACCAUCAGUCUCUACAUUACACAUUUAUGGAGAGACUGAAUCUGAACAACCUCUCACUCUUUCCAUGCAAGAAAACAUCGAAAGAAGGUACUUGAUUUUGGAUCCUCCAAUGUUGGAGAUGACCUUCUUGAAUAUCCACCUCGACCCUUACUCUGUGGACCAGAAGUAUGUCAUCUUCUUGAUACCAACACUGCGUCCACCACCACUACCUCAGGAAGAGAUGGCAAACAACCAUCAACUCAUAAUGAAUUUGGCAAUGGCAUUAGUACUGGGAGGGAGCUCAUCCCCUACGACAAAUAGAUCUAUGAAGAUCAUGUUGUGGUGGAGCCGUGGCGCCAACUACCUAGAUUUUAGGCGUAACUUGCAUUUUUUGUUUAAUUGGAAUAACCCUACUAUUCUCUGUCUCAUGGAGACUAGGAUAGAGGACCAUACCUCUCUCCUCAAUGAGUUUAACUUCACUGAUCGUAUCCAAGUUUUCGCUCAAGGAUACUCUAGUGGUAUUGUCAUGCUCUGGCGCGCACAUGACCUCAUUGUUGAUCCAAUAGCAAUUACUGCUCAGGAGCUUCAUGCUUCUGUCCAGGCUGAUGCUCCGUAAUCCACAAAUCCAUGAGAUCCAACACACAUUUCGGGAGGGGAAUGGAGUUGAGGGUCAAUUGGCAUGUUUUGGCAAGCAAAGGGCUUCUGAACUACAUCAUGAUGCUAUGAUUUUUGAAACACCCCCCACUUUUAUAUUGUCUCGCUUAAUGUUUGACUUAACGGGAACUAUAAUCUCGCGUUCAGUAUCCUCUAUGUACUAGUA